CUGCGAGACUUGAUUCAUCACUCCCUCUGCUCGCAGGGUCUCCACUCCAUCCACCUUGAGUGAUUGUUACUUACUUGUGAUAAACAUAGAUAGGGACACACACAGAUAUAGAGAGAGGGGAGAUGUCUUACACUUGGAGAGGAGCUCUGCAAUGGUGGGACGAUUGGCAACUGCGUGUCCUCGUCCUGGGCAGCCUGGGCCUUCAGUGGUUCCUCCUGCUGGCUGCCCCGAUGCGCAAGUACGCCCUCCCGCGCGUCUUGAGGACAUUCAUCUGGCUGGCGUAUAUUUCCAGCGAUCCUCUGGCAAUCUACGUGCUCGCCACCCUCUUCAAUCGCCACGCAAAGACCAGCAACUUUGGCGGUGACACCGACAUUGUCGCCGGGAUCGGGAGCGAGCAGCAGUCGAGCAUCCUGGAGGUCCUAUGGGCUCCUAUCCUUCUCAUCUACCUCGGUGGGCAGGAGGGAAUGAGUGGCUACGAGAUAGAGGACAACAAGCUGUGGGGGAGACACACCGUGACCUUGGUGUCCCAGGUGGCCGUCGCCUUGUACGCCUUCUACAAGUCGUGGCCUAGACCCAACGACCCAAAGCUAUUGGUGGUCGCGGUUCUUCUCUUCUUCGUCGGGGUCAUCAGCUUCAGCGAGAAGCCAUGGGCUCUCAAAGCUAAAGCCAAGAGACUGGCGGCUGUAUCGUCCGGGGUGCAAGUACCAAAGAAGCCUUCAAACUGGAGGGAGCGCAUGAACCAGUUUUUCUUCGGGGCGAGCCACUGCUUCACCGGCACCCGGAAGGCACAAAGUAAUUUUUCAACCAAUUUAGCUAUGUGUAAGUUGCCUGAAAAUCCAAUUUGGGUCAGUCGAUUUUUUGUGCCAUUGAUUUCUGCUUCAAGAUUCGUGCUCCUUGUUUUUUGUUUCUGUUGUGACUACUGUUGUGUUUUGGGCCCAAAUAUUCUACUGACCACGGUUUUGGGUCAGUCGGUUUAUUAUUCCUUAUAGGCCGAUGUUGCUUCCUCAUUUUUUUCUAAAUAGAUGACUCAACAUGUGUAUAUAUGCAAGUAAUAUAUUUUGGAAUGGAGGGAGUAUAUAUGCAAGUAAUGUAUAACAUGUGUAUAAAUUAUACUAUUUCCGUAUCAAAAUAUAAGGCAUUUUUCUAGGCUAGUUUAGCUUAAAAAAACAUAUGAUAUUUUGGUACCGAGGUAGUACUAGAGUGCAAAAAUUGCACUACCAUAUGUUUAUUUCUUACAUAGUAUUAAAAAAGUGUAAAGUUGCAUACAAGUUUUUCUAAGUAUUAUUAUUUUUCUUCUUCUUAACGGGUAAUAGCAAUGCCACUAAUUUAUUCUACCUCUUCAUUUUUUUUAGUUUUUGUUUCUUUUUUCUUCUUUCUUUAAGGGUAAUAUAAAUGUCACUAAUUCAUAAGUUCGGAGGAAACUUCAUCUUUUCGAAAUCCCACUAUUAUAUGUGUAUUCUUGCAUAUUAUUCAAAAACCUAAUUUUUAUGCAAACUAUGUGCAAUUUUUGACAUUAUUUGCUUAAAACAUUUCAUUUUUUUUCUCCUUCUUAAAUGGUAAUAGCAAUGCCCUAAUUUGUUCUUUCUUAGAAAACUUUAUUAUUUUUAUUUUAUUUUAGUUUUUGUUUCAUUUUCUUUCUUUUUAAAGGAUAAUAUCAAUGGCACUAAUCCGUUCUGUCUUAGAAAACUUUAUUAUUUUAAUUUUAUUUCUAGUUUUUGUUUCAUUUUCUUUCUUCUUAAAGGGUAAUAUCAAUGUCACUA